GUUGGAGGCAGGGACUGUCUAAGAUUGGGGUUUUUGGUCAGACCACUGUCUGACAGCUCAGGCUAGAUUGGGAGGGAGGGAAGAGGAAGCUGAGUGUGCCCGGGGCAGAGAACACGUCUCUAAGGGUAUCCGCGGGCGUUUUCAUUCCCUGGGGACUCCUAGUGCAGGCGCAGGGCCGGGCUGAGGGACGGCUUGCAAGGCCUCUGCUUCCUUCGCUCUCAUUCACCACAAUUCCUUAUUCCAGAGCCUCUUAGAUAAACGGGAAAGGACUGCGGGCAGGCUGGGGGGAGGGGGGGCGUGGUCCUGGUCUCCACCCCACCUCUCCUCCGGCAGAGCCGCGGUUGGCUCCUGCCCAUUCCAGGACAUCGAGGGCGAUUGUGUCUAGGUCUGGUCUCGAGCGGCCUAGAUUUUAGCGCUGCUGACCAAGAAGAAGACCCAACCAAAGGGAGGUGCCGGCGGGGCCCCCAGUGAAAGGAGAGUGUUUGGGAGGGAGCGUGGGAGAGAGGCAAAGUCUAGGCUAGCCUGAGACUCUAUGUAUUGAGGCUGGCCUUGAACUCCAGAUCCUCCUGGCUCCACAUGAACUACCAUGCCUAGCCCUGAAAUUCUUGUACUUCCACCCACACCAGCCAUUGGAGAUGGAGCCCAGGGUCUUGUGCUUGCUAGGUGGCCUUCAGUGGUAUGCAUUGGCUUCCUUGGUUUGUUUGAGGGGCUGAAAUGGCACAAACUCUUGAGGCAGGACCGCCCAUCUCACAGGCCUAGUGGUGAGCACACGCCAUCCAAUUCGAGUCAACAGCUGCUGAAGUCACACCCCUGAUUCUCUUAACUGCCACCCCUCACCCCAGUGUGCUGAUAACUCCCCCUUCACUUGCCCAAAGGUCUCCAGACAGAGGGCAAUGCAAGCAAGCUGGUGAAGGCCUUCCUCUUCUCCGCCAUGGUCAGCAGCAGCACCAGGUAUGAAGUGGCUCCCCAGCAUGAGGCAGAUGCCCCAGCUCGGGGCGAUGGAGCCAGCCCAGCGUCCAAGCAGGUCCAGCUGAAGAAGGAGAUCUCGGAGCAAGUCCAGCUGAAGAAGGAGAUCUCGCUGCUUAAUGGCGUGUGCCUGAUCGUGGGGAACAUGAUUGGCUCCGGCAUCUUUGUCUCCCCCAAGGGUGUACUCAUGUACAGCGCCUCUUUCGGCCUCUCACUGGUCAUCUGGGCUGUUGGGGGCAUCUUCUCUGUCUUUGGGGCCCUUUGUUAUGCUGAACUGGGUACCACCAUUAAGAAAUCGGGAGCCAGCUACGCUUAUAUCCUGGAGGCCUUCGGGGGCUUUCUUGCCUUCAUCCGCCUCUGGACUUCUCUGCUCAUCAUUGAACCCACCAGCCAGGCCGUCAUCGCUAUCACCUUUGCCAACUACAUGGUACAGCCUUUCUUCCCGAGCUGUGGCGCCCCCUAUGCUGCUGGCCGCCUACUGGCCGCCGCCUGCAUAUGUCUCUUAACCUUCAUCAACUGUGCCUAUGUCAAGUGGGGGACCAUGGUCCAGGAUAUUUUCACCUAUGCUAAAGUGCUGGCGCUGAUCGCCGUCAUCAUUGCAGGCGUUGUUACACUGGGCCAGGGAGCCACAACUAACUUUGAGAGCUCCUUUGAGGGUUCCUCAUCUGCAAUGGGUGACAUUGCCCUGGCACUAUACUCAGCUCUGUUCUCCUACUCGGGCUGGGACACCCUUAACUAUGUCACCGAAGAGAUCAAGAAUCCAGAGAGGAACUUGCCCCUCUCCAUUGGCAUUUCCAUGCCCAUUGUCACCAUCAUCUACCUCUUGACCAAUGUGGCCUACUACAGUGUGCUAGACAUAAAGGACAUCUUGGCCAGUGAAGCUGUUGCUGUGACCUUCGCAGACCGGAUUUUUGGAGUAUUCAACUGGACAAUUCCACUAGCAGUUGCAUUAUCCUGCUUUGGUGGCCUCAAUGCUUCCAUUGUGGCUGCUUCUCGGCUUUUAUUUGUGGGCUCAAGAGAAGGCCACCUUCCUGAUGCCAUCUGUAUGAUUCAUGUUGAACGUUUCACGCCAGUGCCUUCUCUGCUCUUCAAUGGCAUCUUGGCACUGGUCUACCUGUGUGUGGAGGACAUCUUCCAGCUCAUUAACUACUAUAGCUUCAGCUACUGGUUCUUUGUGGGGCUUUCUAUUGUGGGUCAACUUUAUCUACGAUGGAAGGAACCCGACCGGCCUCGCCCUCUCAAGCUCAGCAUUUUCUUCCCCAUUGUCUUCUGCCUCUGUACCAUCUUCCUGGUGGGUGUUCCGCUUUACAGUGAUACUGUCAACUCCCUCAUCGGCAUUGGCAUAGCGCUCUCAGGGUUACCCUUCUACUUCUUCAUCAUCAGAGUGCCAAAGCACAAACGACCUCGUUGCCUUCGAAAAUUUGUAGCCUCCACCACACGGUACCUCCAGAUCCUCUGUAUGUCAGUUGCUGCAGAACUAGAUUUGGAAGAUGGAGAGAUGCCGAAACAACACAAUUCCAAGUCUAAAUAGAGUCUGAGAUGUGAACAAAACAGGAGGUGUUUCUCUCCCAUUGGCCGGAAGAACCUAUGGGGGCACCAUCCAGGAGCCCAGUCUGGCAGCUUCAGCUCUGAACUUGCUUUUGAGGGAUGAAAAAUAAUUUAUUUGUUUUGCUACAAGUUGUUUCAGAUUUCAUAAAGGGAUAAUGCAGACUGUGGCAGGAGGCAGGCCACUUCUGGGGCUUGGUUCUGGCAGUACCUGGGUGUCUACCCACUCCACUUUUCCUUUACAAGGGCCAACAAUGCUCCAAACCUGUCUCCUUCAGAGGGACACAAAACUGUCACAGAUGUGGAACAAUAAAAAGGUUAUGUUCCUAAA